UGAUUAUUAUUAUUUCUUUACAGAAUUAAGAUCGGUAAUAUAAAAGAUGAAUAGAGUGAAUAAUGUGGGCAGAUACACAAGACCAGAUUCAACUGCAAACGAAGAGGCUUAUCGGCGUGAAGAAUAUGCCCGUUUACGAGAAGACAUAGAAAGAAAGCGACGAGCAGCUUUACCCCAAAACAUCAGAGUCGGUCCUCAGCCAAUAUUAGUACAAGGUGUGGAACUUUAUGCAAGGGAAAAUGCCAAACUUCACAAUACUCAAUUGUAUGAAUUACUGGACAGUAAAGAAGCUCCUCUUAUUAUUCGGCGUGGUCAAACAUUUUAUAUGGCUAUACGGUUUAGAAAGCUCUUCAAUCCACAAGUUGAUACUGUCAGACUGCACUUUGAGUUUGGUCCACCCCCAUACCUUAUGCAAAAAGGCAACUUAAUCAGUUUACCUAUCACAAAUGUGUCUUCCUUUACUAGAGAUCGAAAAAUGUGGGAUGUACGCACACAUCAGCAUGAAGGUGCUGUUAUCACAAUUGAUGUUCAGAUGGCCGGUAGUGCUCCCGUUGGUGUGUGGAAAAUGAAAAUUUUAUCAUACCCAACUGGCGAUUUAAGUUCUAAACCUGAAAUAUUUGAAAUAAAACAAAAUGUCUACAUUUUAUUCAAUCCUUGGAGUAAAGAGGAUACAGUCUUUCUGGAUAAAGAAGAUGCAAGGAGAGAGUAUGUAUUAAAUGAUGUGGGAAAAAUAUUCGUUGGAACACAAAAAGAGCCCCGAGGCAGACGCUGGAUUUAUGGCCAAUUUGCUGAUUCCGUUCUACCUGGAGCAAUGUUAAUGUUAAAUCAUGCUAAUCUGGAUUAUACCGGUCGUGCUAGCCCCAUAUUGGUAUCAAGAGCUGUUUCAAAACUGGUAAAUAGUGAAAAUGAUGACAAAGGAAUUGUAGUAGGAAAUUGGUCUGGAAUGUAUGAUGACGGAACGGCCCCUUGGAUGUGGACUGGAAGUGCACAAAUAAUGGACGAGUAUUUCAAAAAUGGCGGGGAACAAUCAGUGAAAUAUGGUCAGUGUUGGGUAUUUGCUGGAGUAGCUACCACAGUAUGCCGAACGCUUGGACUUCCUUGUCGAACAGUUACAAAUUUCGUGUCAGCCCACGACACAGAUCGCAGUCUAACAGUGGAUAAAUAUUUUGACGAAAAAGGAGAAAAAAUUGAAGGAGUUAGUAAUGAUUCCAUAUGGAACUUUCACGUAUGGAAUGACGUAUGGAUGUCUCGACCUGAUUUACCUCCAGGUUAUGGUGGAUGGCAAUCCAUAGACUCUACACCCCAAGAAACAAGUGCUAAUGUUUUCCAAAUGGGACCUGCAUCAGUUGAAGCUGUCCGACGAGGACAAGUAGGUUUUGACUUUGACUGUCCUUUUGUGUUUGCUGAAGUCAAUGCUGAUAUCAUUAAAUGGACAAGAGACGAAACAGUAGAGGGAGGAUGGAGGAAAGCUGCUAGUGACAAAUACAAAAUCGGCCAAUUCAUGCUGACGAAAAAGAUAGGAGUGGAUGACGAUAUUGGAGACACCGAUGCUGAAAAUAUUGUAGCAGAAUACAAAGAUAAAGAAGGAACUGUUGAGGAGAGAAUGGCAGUUUUGAAUGCAGCCAGGUAUGGAGUAACUGAUAGCAUACGUUAUGCUGUUUACGAUAUGCCACCUCCAGAAAAAGAAGAUGUGUCCUUUAAUCUAAUGGAGAUCGAUCAGAUCAUGAUUGGAAAACCAUUCUCAGUCACGGUUCAAGUUAAGAAUAAAAACCCGACAGAAAUGAGAACUGUCGGAGCCGUUCUUUCUGCAAGUACUGUAUACUACACUGGAAUACUUGCAAGGAAGGUGACUCGUCAAAGAGGGAAUUUUACUCUGAAGCCAAAUCAAUCUGAAGUUCUAACUAUAACCGUAACUCCAGACGAAUAUCUUGAUAAACUAGUUGAUUACGCCAUGAUGAAAAUCUAUGCAAUUGCCACAGUGCAAGAAACACAGCAAACAUGGGCCGAAGAGGAUGAUUUUACAGUUCAAAAACCAAAGUUGCGAUUAGAAGCUCCACCCACUCUACGAGUUGGAUUGGAGUUUCAAUUGGUGAUUCGCUUUACAAAUCCUUUGAAUCGUCACUUGACAGAUUGUCUGUUUACAAUUGAAGGUCCUGGACUGAGCUCACCGUACAGAGUGAAAUAUAGAGACAUUAGUCCAGAGGAAUCUGUUGUUCAUUUUGAACGUCUUGUGCCACAACGACCAGGAAAUAGAGCAAUCCUUGUGAACUUCAGCUCAAGGCAACUUAUAGAAGUCUUAGGUUCAAAACAUGUCAAUGUACUACAGUGAAGCAAGUAGUCUAUGUACUACAGGUGGCAUUCAUAACAUUACAUGUACAGUACUAUUGCCUUUUGUAACAUGUACUGUUCAGAUAGACAGGUCUAAAACUUGUCAAUGAGAACACCAUAUGUUGUAAAUUGUCUAUUAUUUUGUGAAUGAAUGUUUAAACCUUUGUCUGAUUGAUCUCUGCAAAUCGCAAAACUGAAUUUUGGAAACUGAUUUUAGAAUUGAACUUUAGUAUUGAAAGAUUUGACAGCUUUACAGAACUUUUUUAAGGGACUUACAAAUAUUGAUUGCUAAUUUAAAAUCGAAGUUCUUCCAAUUUCUGAAAUUUGUUUGCUCUUUUUGUAAGUUUUAACUUAUUUAGUCCUUUUAAAAAAAAUAAUUCUGAAAAAAAAGAAAGAAACUGAAUGGAGUUUCGUGAAAAUAUUGUAUAAUCAUUAAUAAAUACUGUUUUUUUUUAUUGAACUACAUUAAUUAUUUCACUUACCUUAAUGAUUAACCUAUAUUGAGCUGUGUUGGUUGCUUUGAUGUUCAAGCUGCAAUUAUUGUUUCAUUAGAUUAUUAAUCCUUAUUUACUUGGUGAUUAAGCAUUAAGAUGCAUUAAUUGAUUCACUUAUCUCGAUGAUUAAGCUGCCUUACCUACUAUUGAGAAACUGAUAUUGUAAUCAGGAAAACAUUUUCAUAAAAACAUACUUCCUGGUUUGAGCUUAAACCUUUAUUUAAUGUGUCAGUUUACGUGUAAAAGAAUUUAACCUUGACAAAAAAGGGGUGCUAUUUAAUUUCACUAAAAAGUUCAGAACAGAAACUGGAAAAAAUUCUUUUAGAUGAGCCGUAAUGACCAGAAAAGAAAUAUAUUUAUAAGAUAUUUUGUUUAAUGAUUUCAUGGUGAAUCAUUCUUGCAUCCCUGAUUCCCGUAGUGCCUUUUUCACGCCAUUAUUAAACAUAAUCUUUUAAUUAUUUGUUUUAUAUGCGAUAUAUUUUUGUUUUAAUAUCAGCGCUGGACUAAAUAAGGAAUCAAGCAAAAUAUAUUUCUCGAAAUGUUUUGAGGGGGGUUUGAGAUUUUCUUUUAAGAAUUUUCUUUUUCCAUUUACCUUUUGAUUAUAUAUUUUGGUACCGCCUAAAAAUAUGGGCAUUCCAAUACGUUUCUCGAAAGCAUUUAAGAAGUUGCAGCUUAGUUAUCUGAUAUUUACACAACUAUAUGCGUUUUUUAUGAUACUUUUUAAAAGAAAUAGCUUCAUGUAAAGGUGAAUGAAAUGCAUUUUUUAAUCUUAAAAUUAAUAACUAUUACUAAAUGUAUUUUAAGUUAAGAUUUGCAAAUACAUACUUACGAUAGAAAUGAGUGAAAAAGCAAUAGCAACCAAUGGUGGUUGUGCAGCAACUAUUAUGAUCAGUGCUUGUGUAGUUGUAAAUAAAUGAUAAUGAUAAUAAAAUAUUACUUUGCUUUUAGUAAUAUUCAAAGUUGAACAACAUAUUUUAAUUUUUAUGUACUUUUUUGUGAGUUCAUCUUUGUGUGAAAUUUGCUUCGUUUAAAAUUUGCUUAUAAUCUAAAGUUGUUUUAAUUGUUACAUGAAAAUAAAAGAAGUUUAUUUUGAUA